AUGGUUUCUAACGAGCACCAAUCCGUGUCGUUCUCAUCUCUAUCUCACACCGCCAACAACGAUUCCAGACCACCAGAGACUUCUUGGGAGAUCUCUGCCGCUCGCAAACGCGACGAUCGUGCAAACCGACUCAAGCCUUACGCUCACUGGAGCUUGGCCGAGCUCACCCCUCCGCAGUCUCAUAACAACGUCAUACCCCUUGUACAUGCUCGUCUCACCGAUAGAGAGCGCUCCUUCCUCGCAUCCGAUGUCACCGACCUUGCACAGCGUCUGGCUACCAGAGAGUGCACCGCGCUGGAAGUGACCACAGCGUUCUGCAAGGCAGCAUAUGCGGCUCAGGAGCUUACAAACUGCCUGACCGAGGUGAUGUUUGAGCAGGCGCUGGGUCGUGCGCAGGAGCUAGACGAGCAUAUAUCGACGAGUGGGAAGGGGGAAGAUACUGCGACUGGCUUUGUUGCUUGGGCGGGGCGCACGAUUGCGGAAGAAGACGCGACUGUGGUUCGGAUUUUGCGGCAGGCUGGAGCUAUCAUUUAUGUCAAGACGACCAACCCUCAAUCUGUAUUCGCUUUUGAAACCUUGAGCAAUAUUUAUGGGCACACGACCAACCCUUACAACAGGGAUCUCACGCCCGGAGGGAGCAGUGGUGGUGAAGCUGCGCUGGCUGCAUGUCGUGGGAGCUUGCUUGGAGUUGGAACAGAUAUUGGGGGCUCUAUUAGGCCCGUCGGCAUGGUACUCCCGGCUUCCGGAAUAUUGGCAGCGUAUAAGGGCAUGGAAAAUAUAGUUGGAGUCCUUGGGCCGAUGGCGCACUCUGCUAGAGACCUCGAGCUGUUCUGCAGGGUCAUUUCUGACUACGAACCGUGGACCUCCGACUUCAGUACCCUGCCCAUCCCUUGGAACUCAACUAUUGUUCAGCAUGGAGGGAACGAUAAGCUUGUGAUUGGGUUAUUCAUUGAUGAUGGAGUGGUAGAACCUCAUCCACCAAUCAUUGAGCGCCUAAACAAGACUCGAGAAGCACUGAUUACUGCAGGUCAUGAGGUCAUUGAUUGGGUGCCAAUGGAUCAUGCACAAGCAUUUGAACUAAUUUCAAAACUAUACUUGCUCGAUGGGGGGGAAGCUAUACGUGAUAUCUUGACGCAAUCAGGCGAGCCUGCAAUUCCGCCGAUUGCUCAGAUCCUACCCGAUCCCUCGAAAGCAAAUAUACUCACAGUUUCCCAAUCUUGGGACGCUAAUUACGAGCGUGAUCAGUUCCGAGCACGUGCAUUGAAGCAUUGGAACGACACUGCAUUGCGAUCCAAGAGUGGUCGACCGGUUGAUGCAGUCCUUGUCCGGUUGCGCCAACCCUUGCUGCUCCCCAUGGUACAACGCGGUGGAUAG